GACUCUCUGGCUCGCGCCAACUCUACUCUCCAAUCCCGACUGACGUUGGACAACAAAGAUGGCGGCAGGAACCAGCAAUUACUGGGAAGAUCUCAGGAAACAGGCUCGACAGCUCGAAAAUGAACUUGACCUGAAACUAGUUUCCUUCAGUAAACUGUGUACAAGUUACAGUCACAGCAGUGUCCGAGAUGGAAGACGCGACAGGUAUAGUUCUGACACAACACCCCUUUUAAAUGGAUCAAACCAAGACAGAAUGUUUGAAACAAUGGCAAUUGAGAUUGAACAGCUUUUGGCAAGGCUUACAGGAGUAAGAGAUAAAAUGGCAGAAUAUACCAACAGUGCGGGUGUCCCCUCCUUGAACGCGGCAUUGAUGCAUACAUUACAACGACAUAGAGACAUAUUGCAGGAUUAUACACAUGAAUUCCAUAAAACCAAAGCAAACUUUAUGGCAGUACGGGAAAGGGAGAAUCUCAUGGGAUCAGUACGAAAGGAUAUUGAGUCCUAUAAAAGUGGGUCUGGAGUAAACAACAGAAGAACUGAACUAUUUUUGAAAGAACAUGAUCACCUUCGAAACUCAGAUCGUCUGAUAGAAGAGACAAUAAGCAUUGCUAUGGCAACAAAAGAAAAUAUGACUUCACAGAGAGGAAUGUUGAAAUCAAUUCAGAGCAAAAUGAACACUUUGGCCAAUCGUUUUCCUGCUGUGAACAGCCUGAUCCAGCGGAUCAACCUUAGGAAGCGGCGAGACUCACUCAUCCUGGGUGGUGUUAUUGGUGUCUGUACCAUCCUAUUGCUGUUGUAUGCUUUCCAUUGAUGGAACAUCUUCAGGGACUCUUGACAACCACCACUUUUAUGCCCUGAUCUAGACUAAGGAAAAGUAGGAAGAAGAAGUUGACUGUCCUGAUAAUUAGCCUGACCUGCAGGAUUAAUUCACGACUGAUAGUGAUGGACUCAGUGAUGUGGUCAGGGUGAGCUGAAGCCACAGUUUUUCUGUAUUGUCUUUUCUAACACACACUUCCUUAUGUUUUUAGUUAAAAACAAAACAAAACAGAGAAAGAAAAAGUUUUCGGUUGCUUUUGUCUCCCCAGGAGGUAAGUUAACCAAUCAGAAACAGAGCUUCUGUGCUUCAGUGACAGUGUGGAAGGCCGAUGACAAGCCAGGUCUUAACAGCUGGAUUCUUCAGAAAACCAGGUCUCUCUAUAUCCAAAGACUGCUUUCCUUUCAGCCACCAGAUUGGGUUGUGAAUAAAAAUAGUUCUUGUCCUUCUGUUUUACACUUAUGUUGAGAAAUCACAGGUCAUUUCUUGAUAACCUGUGCUAAAAAGUUUCUAUUCUGAGUCCCCAACUCUUUUGAUAUUCAAGAAAAAUUACAUUUUUCAUAGAUUCUUUGAGAUGGUGACAGGCCAACUUCAACAGAGUUGAGGUUAUCUGAAACAAGACAAACACUGCAAAAAAAAGCAUUUUUUUUUUUAAGUGUACACGCACUGGGGUUAGCUGUAUUGCUGGGAAAACAUCAAGAACGACAGGCUUUUUUUUUAAGGAUUCAGUUAUUGCUUUUAUUAGGUUAAUAUUUGCUACUAUUAGAUAAUGAAAUCUCAGUUGUACCAUGACAAAAGAAACUAAUGGCCAGUGUUUGUCAGCACCCCCAGCUCUGCCGCAUCAUAUCAGGAUUAACACUGGUCAUUGAGUGAGGGGACUGCUCAGGUUCAGUGAGAUCUACCCAGCAUGCCACAUGAAAAAAGACAUGGAGGGGUCUCCAUUUAGAUGAUUCCACUUGUAAAUGCUUCAUGAUUUAUGAACAGAAGUUUUAAGAACUACUGCCCAAUGUACCAGGAAUUCUGUGUCCUUUGAAAACCUAUUCAUUCCAAAUCUAUUGAGCUUUUCCAAACAUCCAGAGAAUGGUUUCACUGUUGAAGGUGCAUGUGACAGAAUCUGUCUCCAUUUGCACCUGCCCUUCUGUUAUCAUCCCUGGACAGUGACAAAAUUUUAAGCCACCCACCAGUAUUCCUUUGUUUAACCAUUUCUCAGUUUCUGUAAAUUCAUUACUUGUCUAACUGAACUAUCAUAAAUAGUUUGAAGACUUCCAGCAUCUACACUCCUCACCAAGAAAGAAGGCUGCUUCUCACUAUUGGAAUUUAUUAUGGUAUUUACAGUUUGGCUUUAGAUUGUGCCAUGGGGAAUAAAAGGUUAUUAGCAUGUAGUUCUUAACUACAUCUUAAUGUGUCAAUGAUAUUGUUCAGGUGAACUUAAUAUACAGGAUGAUAGGUAGACUAAUCCAUGGUCAGAUACAGAGGCUGAGAAGUUUUUCAUUCUGGUGUCAAAGUUUUAUUAUGUUCUGGUUGUGAAGGGCAUUUGAUAUAUAUUUUUUUAACAAUGAGGUUUAUUUUUCUAAAUGUGGAUUGAUUGAUCAGUAGUUGAUUGGGGAUGCCCUUAAAAGAAAGUUUAAGUUUUCCCAGUGUGAACAUUAAAAGAUCAGAGAAAUAAGUUCAUUUAUUAAAUUCUCUGUCGGGAGAACAAAACUUUUCUCCCCUGAUAUUUUAUUAUCUUUGAUUUUUCAAAGGGCUUUGAUUGGUGGUUGUGCCUCAGCUAGAAUAUGGAACUUUGGUUGCUAUAUAGUUGGCAUUUAUAAAAUCUGAAAUAUAAUAAAGUUAUUUAUUUAAUUAUUCUACCAGUCUUUUUCACUGGUCUGAUUAUUUGGUGCAUUCAUUGAAGCUGAUUGUGUGACAGUAAAACUAGAACCUGAGCUAGUCUAACCUUCUGCACCUAAGCAAGCAAACACUUUUGAUGACUGAUGAGCCUUUCCAUUAAGGUUCUGCUUAAAUGAAGUAAUAGAAUUGUGUUGGUUAUUUUCUUUAUGAAAAUAAAGAAACUAGUUCUUCCAAGGAAGUUGAAAAGGCGUGGUGUAGAUGUUGGUGUCAGAUCCUUCUGACUAACCUCCCAGUGCUGUAGCCCAUAGUGAGGUGACCCAGGGCCAAAUGUAGAUAGCUAGGACAGUGCUCAUUCUUUCCUCUUACGGUUCCUUCGUUUGCAGAAAGAAACAUUAGAGCAAGGAAAUAGAAGUAUGCCACUUACAAGUAGAGGCUCAAUUUUGUAUCCCCUGGUAGCAGAUUUGAACUCUGUUUCAUCCCAUUUUACUUUUUUUUAAAGUCGUCUUGGUUUUCUCUUCUUUCUUGCUGUUCUUAUAGACCUGUUGGUAGGCUCAGGAGUCAACAGUAAGCUGCUUGUCAGAGCCAGUCAGAGUUGGGAGGUCAAAAGGUAUUUUCUAUUCGUGGUCCCAAAUGUUGCCUCUUAGGGUAAAUAUUCUCCCUGAGCUAUUGUCUGAUAUAAUGGAGCUUUCCUUUUGAGACUUUUUUUGUAACCACUCAAAACGUUUCAUUUCACAUAAAGUUUGAAAAAUCAUGGCAACAUAAAGGACAGAAAAUUCAAAAAGGUAUACUUCUGAGAUUUUCUUUUAACAUGUGCUGAUAGCUUUAGUAAAAAAUGUUUAAUAACUCUGUUACUCAAGUUCAAGCACAGAUAGCCAGGUGCUUUACUUGAUCUGUGCUUGCUCUCUACAUUCUUUUUUAUUAUUACUAUUAGAUGCUGAAGGAUUUCCUAUAAACCUGCAUUUCUCACUCUUUAUUUUCUAAUAUUAGGAAAAGGGCUUUCCUUCUCCACAAUUCCUCUGUCCUUUAUACCAAAAUUCACUUUUUCCAUACUGGCCAGUACUGAGAUCAGGCAUGGGAUUAAGAUCCUGAGAAUGGAGAUGGAUAAUGAGAGGAGACAUCAUGGGGGCACUUUUUGUACCUGGAACCAAAUAAUAUUUAAUUCUUUACUAUUGGAUGCUGCAUACAUCCUAAUAGAAAAGUGUACUUAUUGAGCCUUUUGAUAUAAUGACUUUUAGAAUUGAGGUACCUUGGACUUGUAUUCCCACUGUUAAUUUUUUAUUUCACUGUUAAUAAUCUCAACUUGAUGAAAAGUACUUUAAAGAACUGGACUAGGCUUUAUGUUUUUCUAAUACCUCGUGUGAUCAUUCGCUAGAUGUGAUUUCUUGGAAGUAGACUGGGCUUUCUAACUUGCAAUAUUAAGCUAUUGAGGAUAAAUGGCCACAUCUAGUGUUACACUGAAUUUUGUGGCAAAUGUAACUGAAGAGCAAAUGGAGUCUACUCAGAAAAUUAAAAUGGUUAUGUUCCAUUCUCUUUUUGAGUUAGGGGUUGUUUAGCCUGGUCUCCAAAAAGAUGCAGAGCUUUUCAUCAUGGUCUUUAUAAACUAAUAGACCUGUUGAUAGGCUCAGGAGUCAACAGUAAGCUGCUUGUCAGAGCCAGUCAGAGUUGGGAGGUCAAAAGGUAUUUUCUAUUCGUAGUCCCAAAUGUUGCCUCUUAGGGUAAGUAUUCUCCUUUAUAAAUCUGUGUAUCCUUAAGUUUUACAGGGGAAAAGAAAAUGAGGAAAGAACAAGUGAAUCUUAAGGAUGUUUAUUGGAUCAGAAGCUGAGACAAAGCUGAGCCAUGUCUUGAGAGGUCUUUCUCAUUUUCUUUGUACCCAAGGUCUCACUUUAGUAUCAAAGUAUUUGCAUUUAUUGCCAUCCUGUUAGCUCUUAGAGAGGGAGGGAAAUCAAUUCCAAUCACACUGUACCAUGGUGAAAGAUGUUUCCUCGUGAAAAAUGCCAAUACAAAUUUUCAAAAAUCUAUUCCAAAUGCACUUUCUAAUGUUUUGCUUUUAAAAUGGCUUCUUGGAACCAGUUGUAUUGUAUUUGUAUUUAAUUUUUGUCCUCAUCUAAAUGCACAUUUUCUGACUGUAUAGAAGAAGCUUUGUUAUGUAAUUUAAUAAUAAAUUAGAAAUCUAAA